ACUGGAAGAGGCAUCAGCUGCUUUCAGCCUUGGGGUCAGUGUUCUGACCUCUGAUAGUUUACAGGAGAGCCUGGUUGUUUAAGAGCAUCUGACCUAAUUCAGCUCUCACAUACAUGGGGAAUCUGAAACCAUUUCUGGCUCAAGUUGUGUUUUCUUGCUCCCUUUCCUCCAGAAUACCUGAUCUGUGUAGGCCAGUUAAACAUAUUCCCUUCUUAGGGCAUUGGUGCUCACGUGUGAGCCUAGUGGUUUUUGCCCCAUAGGAUUUUCAUUUUUCUGUAGCUCAAAUGUAAAUGCUGUUAAGUGAGCUGUGCUCCAGUUAGCUGUCUGUUCUUUUGAGAGUACUUCUUGAGGAUCUGUCAUGCUGUGCAAUGAAAUCUCACUAGAUAUAAAAAUUUCUGACACACACUGAUGUAUGCACUUGUGCUGGUCUCAAAAAAUGCUGGCAGAUUUUCCCGAGGAUGUAUGAAAAUGCUGCUUUUUGUUACUUUGAGUAUGUGUGACAGGGCCAAGUGCCUCAGUCCUAGACUAAGAAUGAUUUUCUUCCAGUUUCAAACAAAAGCAUGUUGAUUUUGAAAACAGGUCUUAUUCUUGACAAACAAAACCAGUGCAGAUCCAUCGCAAUGAUGAUACUGCAUGAAACUGGAUGCAAGGCCUACAGAAAGCAGCUAAGAUCUGGGGAAUGCAAUGAACAUACCUCACAAUGAACCCAUGGCUGCAAGAAGGCACUACUCACUGUGAAGUGCCUUGGAAAACUGGCUCUGAACAUGCGUACCAACCAUAUCCACAGAGGUGGCCUCCACAUGAAGGAGAGGAUGGCAAAAGCCGCAAGCAGGGAUGUCAAAUGCAAAACCACAUACCAUGAGCAUCUCCACACUUACGUAGACCUAAGAAAACACUCAAAGUAAGAAGGAGUAUGAUUUGCUACCUAUUGCAACCAGUCCUGGGCACUACAGUGAUCCCAUUAUGCGGGCCUGGUGAAAUGGAGAACUGCACAACAGCACUAAUCCAGACAGAGAACAGUCCCCGUGUGGCUCAAGUUGGGAUAACUAGAUGCAAGCCUGAAAUGAAGGACUACUGCUUCCAUGGGCAGUGUGUGUACAUAGUGGACUUGGAUGAACACUACUGCAGGUGUGAUGUAGGCUUCUCUGGUGUCCGAUGUGUGCAUUCAGAAUUGGUCAGACAACCCCUCAGUAAGGAGUAUGUGGCACUGACGGUUAUUGUAGUUCUGCUUUUCCUCAUCGCCAUCUCCAUUGCAAGCUAUUACAUCUGCAGAAGGUACCGAAACAAGAAGAGACAAAUGAACGCCAGUGAAUACAAGGAAGUUGGUGCCCUGUAGAAGAAAUGGUGGCUUCCUACAGUGUUCUGUUCAUCUGGAUGGACUCAUUGACUUCUCAUCUAUUUAAAUGUUAUUUUUAUUAACAAUAUUUACAAUAUUUAUAUCUUUGUAAAAAAUUCAGUUGCUUGGUGAUCCAAUCAGUAUAGGUCAAGCAUUUUAUUUUCAGUGUUUUAUUUUUUUAUUAAAUAUUAUUUCCUCAUGAGAACCCCACCUUGGUGGUUCUGUGGGAUAGAGAUAUAUUUUUAUAAAACCUCAUCUUCUUACUCUGAAGAGUAAUUUUGUAUUUAUUCUUGUGAAUAUGCUCAAAACAAUUCUGCUCCUUGAAAUAAAAGUUGUAGACCAAGA